AUGUCGACGGCAGCAGCCAGGGAAGCUGUAAAGCGCUUUCGCCUCGGACAAUUCAAGUUUAGAAAUCUCCAUCAUCACCCCAAAAUCUUCGGUCCUCCUCUCGAACCCACCAAUCCAAUUUCCGCCCUCGACUUCCCAAACCCCUUCAUCCCGUGGCGCACGAAAUCCGGCAAAUGGACCGCACCAACGUAUUCUCUGAGACGCCAGGCUGAACUGGUUAAAAAAGCCAAGCUUUCCGGGUUUCUUCAUCUCCUUCCUCCAGGCCCCAAGACUCCUAAAUACAUCCCGCAGCCGGUCAAGGUCCUCGACGAGACGCCCGAACAUACGCCCAACGGCGCAGAGACGUCAGGAAGUGUGUCUGAGGAACCGGUGGUGAAGAUGACGAUGAAACAACUGGACGACGCGGCGGAUGACAAACUGGCAAUGCAAGCACCAUAUGAGUGGCUCGUUGGUCCAGGUAGGGAAGGGUGUGAAGCAUUCAGGGAGAAAAAGAGGCUCGAGAAACCUGGUGCAGCGCUUGGUACGCGGUUGUACGCUGGUAAGAAGCGGAUGUUCAAGGGACACAAGUGGGAGAGGGUCAAGGCGCACAGGGAGAGGAGGCAGAACAUCCUUAUGCGGGAUAUGGCGAAGAGGGUGUAUAAUUAUAAGAAUUAUUAUAAGAGGAGGAGGCCGAACCCACUCAAGCCUCCCCGUACUACCAAGGCACCCAAGUUACCAUUCUAGAUUAAUCGCCGACCAAUAUAUCUGUUCUCUCU